AUGUGUGAGGGGCGGGUAACGUGGCUUGGUACUGAUGUUAUGCUCCUGCCGCAGGCUAACCUGGGCCCUAUCGGAAGUGGCCAGAUCGUUGAGCCAUGUACCGUAUUAUUCAUUAACGAGACAAUGUCCACGGCCUCGGAUAUCGAAGCAACUUUACACAGGUUCGACGUGGUUGACGAUGUCUGGUCUAGGGACUUUGCCAACUGCAUCAUCAUCCAAACCAGGUUUGAGAAAUAUGGCAGGGCUGCGGUCAAAACACUCAAAAAGAUGCUUUCAAAAGUGUCAGGUGUGGAGAAAAUACAUGUCUUGAACAUCCAAAACCUAUCAGAUGCCCUGCCGGAAGGGCCAUACUUCUUGAAUCAUGGCCGGCUACACCAAGCAUUCCGACUUUAUGCGGAUGUAAACGGUGCUUUCAUAGUUUCGACAGUUCCAUCUGAUGAUCACGGGACGUUUCGAUCUCUUGAUUGCUCUGCUUAUGGCGAGCAACAUCCUUCUGCCCUCACUAUCGCCGUGCCUUCACGCCUCUACUUCAAACGUACCAAGGAGAAACCCUACGCUGGUUUACGCCUGGCAAUCAAGGACAACAUUGACCUAAAAGGACUCAAAACAGGGGCUUCGUCGCGAGCAUAUACGUCCCUUUAUCCACCGCGAAAACAUAGCGCUGAAAUCGUACAACGGCUUCUUGAACUUGGGUUUGUCAUUGUCGGCAAGGCAAAAACCACGCAGUUUGCAGAUAGCGAAUGGCCCACCAGCGACUGGGUGGAUUACCAUGCCCCUUUCAACCCGAGAGGAGACGGUUACCUUACAACUAGUGGGAGCAGCGCCGGCAGUGCUGCAGCGGUAGCUAGUUAUCCAUGGCUAGACUUCGCUCUUGGGACUGACUCAUUAGGAAGCAUUCGAGCACCGGCAGCUGCUCAAGAGAUAUUCGGAAUGCGAUCUUCACUUGGGGCGGCUAGCUUCCAAGGUAUCAUACCGUACAGCCCCCAGUUUGACACGGUCGGCGGAUUUGCCAGAACCGCUCGAGAGUUUAGGGUGCUUGCUGAGGCCCUGUAUGGCAAACCCACCCAGAUUGAAACUGUGGAAAACAAAAAGCCAACCAAGAUACUCUACCCAACUGAUUACUGGUCACUGCGACACAACCUAACUCAAGAUGUAUUCAACGCCGCUAUCACCAAAAUCGAAAGCUUUUUGGGCAUGAGCCGGACAGAGAUCAGCCUUGAGAAGACAUGGCAGCAACAUCGUCCUUCCAACAUCACCGAAUCUCUCAGCGACUACAUGAAACACGUUUUCGAAUGGGGCGCAAACCCAGACCAGUGGACAGGCCAUUUCAAAGAUUUCUUACCAGAAUACGAGGAACGUUUCGGGAAGCCACCGGUAUUGAAUCCUCAACUACGUUUCAAGGUGGAGUACUUACCCACAGUGACACCCGAACAACAAGCCGAAGCCCUUCGGCGUCUCAAGGUCUAUCAGGACUGGUUUUAUAAGCACGUGAUGCCACCAGCCGAUAUAACCGGACACUCCAGCACGGUUAUGGUGCUUCCCUGGACAGAUGGAAUUCCAGACUACCGCGACAGAUAUCGUCAUGGACCUCAGAAGUUCACAGGCAUCGGGUUCUUUUUUUACAAUAUUGGUACCUAUGCGGAGGCGCCAGAGAUUAUUAUCCCAGGUAAGAAAACGGUAUUGGUAGAGAUCCCCCCUUUCAUCGGCUUACUGACUUUAUCUCAAGCUGGCACAACACCAUACGUGUCAAAGUACACUGGAAAAACCGAGAGACUGCCUGCAGCUUUGGGGAUUGUAGGCGCAAAGGGAAGUGAUGUCUCUCUUGCUCAACUGGUUAGCGACAUAUUCGACGGAGCCACAGUGCAAUAUCCCCAAGAAAAGUCGCAAAAGCCGUUAUCGCCGCGUUUAUGA